UCGUCCUCAAGACUUUCUUCAGGGUACCACGAGUUCUCGUCUCCAUAUUAGGAAAAUCAUGAAGCUGUUUGUGUUGUGCGCCAUGUUGGCCCUGGCGGCCGCUCAACCCGCGAAGAACGACCUCUGGAAGGGUAGUGGUAUAGACCAGAUGGUUGAUCAGACGAAAAUCGAGUGCUCUCAAAAGAACGACGAGGUUUCCUGCAUGAAAUUCAAGGUCUUAAAUCUCCUGGACCAGAUCUUCCGCAAAGACAGCUUCAAGGUCUCUGAAACCGUGGAGGUGACUCGCAACUCGUACCCCGUCGAAGAAGUCUCGGCUCGCAGCGAGGGCUCUUUCCUGGACAAUGUGCAGACCUACCUGACCUCUCACGACGUGACCUUUAAGCUGCCUAUGGACUCGUCCGUGAAGGUGAGCGCCAGGGACAUUGACGACGAUCAGCUCACCUUCAACGUCAAGUUUGGCCAAGGUCGUGCCGUCGAAGAGGCUCGCAAGUCCAAGUUGAAGAAGGUCGUCAUCCCCAUCCUGGUGUUCGUCUUGCUCAAGGCCAUGACUCUCAUCCCCCUAGCCAUCGGUGUCCUUGGUCUUAAAGCCUGGAACGCUCUUCAACUUUCAUUCUUCAGCUUCAUCGUCUCCGUCGGUAUGGCGAUCUUCCAGCUGUGCAAGAAAAUUGCCGCUGACGGUCAUGCAGCUCCAUUGACCGCUCACGGACCAUGGGAGUACCAAGCUCAAUAUAGAUCCUUCCAAGACGACGAACAGCCAUUGGCGUCGUUCGCGCAAAACCUCGCGUAUUCUGGACACGCGCAAUCGUAAAACACUCACCCGUACAUCUUGUUUACUGUCGCGACUUUUGUAAAAUACCUGUCUUCCACCUUUCCUCUAUACUCUUUAUUUAAUAAAUUAUUAUUGCAAAUUA